AUGAUUUUGGACGUUUUAUGGAGCGGAGCUUUUGCGCAGAUCAGAUAUUCGAUAUCCGAGGAGGUUGAAGAUGGAACUGUGGUCGGGAAUAUAGCAAAAGACUUGGGACUAGAUAAGAGUGCGCUACAAGACAGAGGAUAUCGCAUUGUCGCAGGCUCGGCUGAACCCCUGUUUCAGGUUAAUCAAAAUGAUGGCGUCCUGUAUGUGAAGGGAAGAAUAGAUAGGGAGGAGGUGUGCGAACGGACCAGCCCGUGUUUGAUCCAGCUGAAAACCGUGCUAGAGAACCCGCUGGAGAUUCACUAUGUGGCGGUGGAAAUACUCGACAUAAACGACCACUCGCCGGUUUUUCCAGAGAAAGAAAAGCGGCUCGAGAUUUCCGAGUCGGCUCUGGCUGGGGCGAGAUUUCAACUGCAAGCGGCCCGCGACAACGACGUCGGCCAGUUUUCCAUUCAGCAAUACAGACUCAGUCAUAACGAGUAUUUCAGGGUAGAAGUCAAGGAUCGAGGCGAGGAUCGAAAAAUGCCAUUUUUAGUUCUGCAGAAGCAGCUGGAUAGAGAAGCAGCAGGGAAACACAAGCUACGACUCACGGCAGUUGAUGGAGGAAAACCGGUGAAGUCUGGUAAUAUAGAAAUAAUUGUGGAGGUACUUGAUGUUAAUGACAACUCGCCCGUGUUCACAAAGGAGCUGUUUUCCGCCACUCUUAACGAAAACGUUCCUGUUGGCACCGUAGUCAUUCAGGUGAAUGCAAAUGAUUCAGACCAGGCGUCAGAUUCUGGAACUCCGUCACUGAGCAGCAACGUCACAGUGAACGUGUUCAUUCUGGAUCAGAACGACAACGCUCCAGUCAUCCUGUAUCCAGUCAGCUCCAACGGUUCUGCUGAAGGUGUGGAGGAGAUUCCUCGCAAUGAAGUGACUGACCACAGUCUCUUUGGUUUGGACCGCUAUACAGGACAGAUCAGAACACUUCGCUCAUUCACAGAGACAGACGAGGCUGAGCACAAGCUGCUCAUACUGGUCAAAGACAAUGGGAACGUGUCACUCUCAGCAACAGCUACUGUCAUUGUCAAAGUCGUGGAGCCCAAAGAAGCUUUUGCAGCUUCUGAUUUCCACGUUGUUGCGUCAGAUUCUGGAACUCCGUCACUGAGCAGCAACGUCACAGUGAACGUGUUCAUUCUGGAUCAGAACGACAACACUCCAGUCAUCCUGUAUCCAGUCAGCUCCAACGGUUCUGCUGAAGGUGUGGAGGAGAUUCCCCGCAAUGUGAACGCAGGACACUUGGUGACUAAAGUCAGAGCCUAUGACGCUGAUAUGGGAUACAACGGCUGGUUACUCUUUUCACUGCAGGAAGUUACUGACCACAGUCUCUUUGGUUUGGACCGCUAUACAGGACAGAUCAGAACACUUCGCUCAUUCACAGAGACAGACGAGGCUGAGCACAAGCUGCUCAUACUGGUCAAAGACAAUGGGAACGUGUCACUCUCAGCAACAGCUACUGUCAUUGUCAAAGUCGUGGAGCCCAAAGAAGCUUUUGCAGCUUCCGAUGUUAAAAGUUCAACAAAAGCAGAUGAGGACAAUAAUGUGACUUUUUACCUGAUGAUAACUGUGGGCACAGUUUCAGCUCUUUUUCUCGUCAGUAUCAUCGUGCUGAUUUCAAUGCAGUGCUCAAAGUCCACAGACUACACUUCUAAAUAUCUACCAGAGCCUAAUUAUGAUGGGACACUGUGUCACAGCAUCCAGUACAGAUCUGGAGACAAACGCUACAUGUUAGUUGGACCCAGGAUGAGUAUAGGAUCUACUAUAGUCCCAGGAAGCCAUGCCAACACACUAAUGCUCCCUGACAGGAGGGGGAUGUCUGGAGAGGUUUUUGUCAACAUUUGA